AUGCCACCAGCACCAGCAUCGGCACCACAUCCCACAACAGCAGCGGCAGCCGCAGUUGCUGCCACUACCGCUGGCGAUGGGAGGCGGAACGACGGAUACUACGACCUGGAUGCUGAGGCGGCAUAUACCAGCUGUACGGCGAGGCUGAAUCAGUCGGGCACGGAGAACUUUGUGGUUCGCUUCAACGACGAGCAGGCGAUAUGUGCGGUGGACGUCGACGUCGACCAGCUGAUGAUGGACUGGUUGUAUCCGACACAAUCAUCUCCAUCUCCAUCUUCAUCUGCGACACGAUCUGGACCGGGAAUCCCCACGCAGACUAAGACUCAGACCCAGACUCAGACCCAAACCAAGGCACAAACUCAACCUCAGAUUCAAACUCAAACCAAGGCUCAAACUCAAAAGUCCCCAGCCCAAACAGUCUGGUUCAACCUCUGGGCCUCGGACUCGCAGCGGGCAAAGGCCAUCAUUGCCGCCGUGGCCAAGAAGUACGAUCUCUCACCGCGACUCACUGCCCUCUUGUCCAGCCCGCCGCAAACCAAGACCAAGACCAAGACCAAGACGACCCGUGUCGGAGCAAACAAUAUCACGCCGAGAAGUCCUUCGACAACCCGUGUUGGUGCAAACAACACCAAACCGAGAAAUACUUCCUCGACCUGCAGCGAUGGCGUCCCAGUCCUGGUGCCAGCAGAAGGCAAACACGCUCAUCAUACGACCGACGUGGAAAAAGGGGCUGCACUUCAAGCUUCGCCGGCUCAAACAUUACUCGUCAACCACCAACCGACGGCUUCACCGGGCCUGGGAGGACUCCAACCGACGGCUUCACCAAGCCUGGAAGGGCUCAGUUUCGCCGACGUCGUCAACAACCUGUGGCAUUUCUGUUCUGUCGAUUUCGGCCGGCACUACAUCUACGUGGGAUUCAACGCCCUGUUUUCCUUGCCUGGCACGUCCGGCCCCGAGAGCGAGAACGAGAGUGAGAGUGAGAGCGAGAGGGAGGGGGACAGCGACAAGCCAUCCGGUCAACGUAUUUGGACGUCGUUGCUGCUGUGUGACGACGGCACCGUGGUCUCGGUAUUUGAGAGGCCCGUCGAUGCCGACACCACGGCCACAGCCACGGCCGUGACCCGACGGAACGUGCUCAACAUCUUCCGCCAUCUGUCCAAGCUACACGACACGGACGGCGCCAUGGACACAUUGAUGAAGGUCCGGGUACGGUGGCACGAGCACUCGAGCAAACUGGGGGGUGGUAGAGGUAAAGACAGAGGCAGAAAUGGUGAGGGUGACGGUGACGGUGACGGUGAUGGUGGUGGUGGUGACACUAACACUGACACUAACGGUGGUGGUAGUGAUGGCAAUCAUUCCCCCACCGAAGGCGCCAGUCUUUUAUUCUACUAUCUCUUCGACGACUGGCUGUCGACAUACGCCUUGAUCGCCCGGGUCGAGCACCCGUAUCGUCGCAAGCUGGAAGAUCUACGCCGUCUCAUGUUCGACGCGGCCGACGUCACGCUGAUCAAGCAGGUACACGAUGUGGGCAGGCAACUCACCGUCCUGAGACUCAUGUAUCAGAGCUAUGAACUGAUUGUGUCGCGACUACUUUAUCGGCAUCGGUCGACAUUGACGUCCACGUCCAGUCCCAGUCCUAGUGCCAGGUUUAUUGCCGGUGCUAUGUUGCCGGGAACGGGAACGGGAAUGGGAUCGGAAAUGGGAAUGACCUCGGCGGACGAUGUACUGUUUCCUACUGAUCAAGGAUCCCAUUCCCGUCCCCAUUCGACCGUCACCUUGAGCUUGUCGGCCAUCGUCCGCUUCGAGAGACUGCUCGACCGUAUCCGGUUGUAUGCGUUGACUGAGAUCGAGGAGUGUUUGAAGGAGAAGGAGUCGCUUGUGCUAAUGAACUUCAAUCUAGUAGCUCUCAAAGAAUCCCAAGCGGUCGAACGACUAACGCGAACCACCAUCCUUCUAGCCAAAGCAACCAUCCUCUUCCUCCCCGUCAGUCUCAUGACGGCCUAUUUCUCCAUCCAGCUCCCGGCCAUCGCCGAGCUAUACUCGCUCCGGACGUACUGGUUGACGUUCCUGGUCGUGGCCGUGCUGUCUAUGGCUUUCUUGCUGGUCUUCGGCGUCACCACGCACACGGUCGAGGGCAAGACCAUUUAUAGAUCGGUCACGCGGAUGCUGUGGGACAAGGGAAAGAGUAAGAGUAAGAGAGAGCGACAGCGACAACGACACAGUCAGAGUUAG